AUGGACUUCCUGGAUUGCAAGGACCUAAGGGAGAGCCAGGAGAAAGAGGAGAAUACGGUUUGCCUGGAAAUCCUGGACCUAGGGGUGAAGUUGGGGAACAAGGUCUAGUGGGCAUGCCUGGUGAGAAGGGAGAAAUGGGACUUCCAGGAUCUCCAGGACUUCAAGGACUAAGAGGAGAAAAGGGAGAUGAGGGUGAAAAAGGUGGCCUAGGACUCCCUGGACUGAAAGGUGACAGAGGUAACAAGGGUGAAGCUGGUCCUCCUGGGCCCCCUGGUCCUCCUGGCUUUCCUGGAACAAUUUCACAUUUCACUCCACAUCCUCACAUGCCGGGGGAAGCUGGGCAGAAAGGCGAGAAAGGAGAUCCAGGCAUCAAUGGGGAACCUGGACCACGUGGUUUUCCAGGUGAAGAAGGACCAAAGGGACCUCCAGGACCCCCGGGUGCUCAAGGCCCAGAAGGAGCCCGAGGGGGACCUGGAGCAGCUGGAAACACUGGAGCUCCUGGACCAAUCGGUCCCCCUGGUGCCCGUGGUCUCCCAGGAAAUGUGGGAAUACCUGGAGUCAUGGGACCACCAGGAAAAACUGGUGAGAGAGGAGAAAAGGGAGAACCUGGUGAGGAAGGAAAAACAGGCCCACUUGGUCCCAGAGGUGAUCCUGGCCCUCCUGGAGAACCUGGGCCACCUGGGAAAGGGAAGGAAGGAGAGCCAGGACGUCCUGGUGUGCCUGGAUUACCGGGGCCUCAAGGACACAAGGGGGACCGAGGUGCUCCAGGCUUGCCUGGCCAACCUGGAAAUAGAGGAGGCCCAGGAAUUGGAAUAGCAGGUCCUCCGGGCUCCACUGGACCACCAGGAGAAAAAGGACCACCAGGUUCUCGAGGGUUACCCGGAUUCCCAGGUCCACAAGGGCCAGCUGGACAAGAUGGUCUACCCGGAAAUCCAGGAGAAAGAGGUGCACCAGGAAAACCAGGUCCCUCUCCUCUUCUGUCUCCAGAGGAUCUAAAUCUCUUAGUGAAGGAUGUUUGCAAUGACUGCCCACCUGGUCCUCCAGGACUUCCGGGGCUUCCAGGAUUGAAGGGAGAUAAAGGUCUUCAGGGAAAACCAGGAAGAGAUGGUGCAGAUGGGAAAAAGGGAGAUGAUGGACUCAAAGGCCUCCCAGGACCUCCUGGAUUAACUGGACCAAAGGGCACUAAAGGAGAACCAGGAGCAGAUGGUGAGAUUGGACAAAAAGGUGAACAGGGUCAUCCUGGAGUUCCUGGUUUCAUGGGACCAGCUGGGGACCCAGGGCCACCUGGAAUAGUUGGUGCCUCUGGACCCGCCGGCCCGCCAGGAAGCCCAGGAGUAACAGGUAAAGAUGGUCCUCCUGGUCUCCAAGGCCCACCUGGAUUGCCUGGAAUUCCUGGUGAAGAAGGGAAAGAAGGGAAAGAUGGAAAGCCGGGCCCUCCUGGAGAACCAGGUCCUUCAGGAGAACCAGGCCUUAGAGGACAAGAUGGUGCCAGAGGACCUCCUGGAUUUAAGGGACACACAGGAGACUCUGGUCCGCCUGGCCCUAGGGGUGAGCCAGGAGCACCAGGCCCUGCAGGGAGGGAAGGGUCACCAGGGAAAGAUGGUGACACUGGACCCACAGGGCCCCCGGGUGCUCGGGGACUAAGAGGAGCACCGGGUAAAAAUGGAUCACCCGGCUCUCCCGGAGACCCUGGCCAACCAGGUAACCCAGGGCAGAAAGGAAACAAAGGUGAUAAUGGCAGCCCAGGUCUUCCAGGAUUCCAAGGACCUCGGGGACCUCCGGGAGAACAAGGAGAAAAAGGCAUUCCAGGAAAAGAGGGAGCCUCAGGAAAACCAGGAGAACAAGGUGCAAAAGGAGAAAGGGGAGAUCCUGGAGUCAAAGGAGAAAAGGGUGCCCAAGGACAGAAAGGCCAGCCUGGAGAACCAGGACUACCAGGUCACAAAGGCCACACAGGAUUGAUGGGUCCUCAUGGACCUCCAGGAGAAAGUGGACCUGCUGGGCCUCCUGGACCACCAGGACAGCCAGGAUUUCCUGGAGCAAGGGGAGAUUCACCAUCAUUGGACACCCUUCGAAGGCUUAUCCAAGAAGAGUUAGGAAAGCAACUUGAAACCAAACUAGCAUACCUCUUGGCCCAGAUGCCACCAGCCCAUGUCAGAGCAACUCAGGGCCGACCAGGCCCCCCUGGACCUCCUGGAAAAGAUGGCCUUCCUGGAAGAGUAGGUCCUAUGGGGGAGCCAGGGCGGCCUGGACAAGUGGGCUUAGAAGGACCAUCAGGUCCUAUGGGACCCAAAGGUGAACGAGGUGCAAAGGGUGAUCAAGGAGUGCCUGGGGUUGGCCAGCGAGGAGAAAUAGGACCUCCUGGAAUACCAGGUCAGCCUGGGGAGCCUGGCUACGGGAAAGAUGGCAUUCCCGGGAACCCUGGUCCUCAGGGAGAAACAGGACAAGCUGGCCUCCCUGGCCCUCCAGGGCCCCCUGGCCCCAGUGGACAAUGUGAUCCCUCUCAGUGUGCUUACUUUGCGAGUCUUGCAGCCCGACCUAGCAAUGUGAAAGGACCCUAGAGGGUACCUAGGAAGCCAAGGAAACUUGAAGAGGAUUUUCUGAAACUUGAACUUUGAACUGAAGAGGAAACCAGGGGUUCACUGAUCUCCUGGGCCAUGAUGUCACUUUUUAUUUGUUGUGGGAGGCUUUCUGAAUGAUUAAAACCAACAGAUACUGCC